CGGAUUAAUUCGUGUUGUGUGUGUGCUACGGCUGCAAGUCACUCAUUCUGCGAGCUGCUCUCGUGCGUAUUCGGGUAGCUGCAAGGACCAACUCGAAUAUUGCUAUCAGAAUACAGUAGUUGGAAAACAUACAUUUCUUCAGAACACUGAAAUCGUUGUCAAGUCUGUCCAUCUAUUCUUCAAGGAGAAUAUCUUUGUGAGAUAUUGCAAUGCUUCAAACAAGGUAUCUCAUCUGGGCAUUGCUCUUUGGCUAUGCAGCCUCCCUGCAGGUGGAGAUCACCCCGAUGCAAGGAGAGAUCAGUAUGGGGGAGUCAAAAUUCUUCCUCUGUGAAGUUGUCGGAGAUGUAAAGGACAUUGAUUGGUAUGCCCCGAACGGCGAGAAGCUCCUACCGAACCGACAGGACAUCCUCGUGAACCGCAACGACGAGUCCUCGUCCACUCUCACGAUCUAUAACGCCAACGUGGACAAUGCCGGCAUCUACAAGUGUGUUGCCAAAAAUGGAGACAAGGAGUCUCAGGGCACCGUCAACGUUAAAAUCUUCCAAAAGAUAACCUUCAAGAACGCCCCUUCCCCACAGGAGUUCAAUGAAGGGGAUGACGCUGACAUCAUCUGUGACGUCGUCAGCUCGCCUCCUGCUGACAUCAUCUGGAAGCACAAAGGCUCAAAGAUCCAGGUUGCAAAAGAUGUUCGAUUUAAGAUCCUGACCAACAACCACCUCCAGAUCCGAGGCAUCAAGAAAACAGAUGAAGGGGCGUACACCUGUGAGGCUCGUGUAAUGACCAGGGGAGAGAUUGACCUAAAGAUCAUCAAGGUCAUCGUCAACGUGCUCCCUAGCAUCCGCACCAGGCAGUCGGAGGUGAAUGCCACGGCGGACGUCAACCAGUCUGUGAUGCUGGCCUGUGACGCUGACGGCUUCCCUGAACCCACAGUCACCUGGGCCCGUAACAACAUUGUCCUUGAGUCGGACGAUAAGUACGGCCUGAACAACGACGGCUCGGAGCUGAUAAUAAAAGAUGUCAAGAAAGUGGAUGAAGGAGAUUACACGUGCAUCGCCCGGAACAAGGCCGGAGAGAAAGAGGAGGAAGUCAGCUUGAAUGUGUUCGUGCAACCUAAGAUCACCUACCUGGUCAACCAGACUGCAUCAGAGCUGGAGGAGCAGAUCACCCUGACCUGCGAGGCCUCAGGAGACCCCACCCCCACCAUCACCUGGAGCUUUGGCCGCAGGAUCUUCACAGAGGGAGAGCAGGCUUCUUGGACUCGGCCUGAGACGUACGAGAGUCUUGAUGGGAAUGUUGUGGUGCGUAGUCACGCACGGGUUUCCUCUCUCACCUUGAAGUAUGUCCAGUUCACUGAUGCCGGCCACUACCUCUGCACUGCCCGCAAUUCCAUCGGUCAAGACCAGCAGACCAUGUACCUGGAAGUCCGCUAUGCUCCCAAGAUCCAGGGCUCGGUGACGGUCUACACCUGGGAAGGGAACGCAGCCAACAUCAGCUGUGAGGUGCUGGCUCAUCCGGGAGCCUCAGUGGUGUGGUUCAGAGAUGGCCAGCAGCUGUCUAGCACUAACACCACCAACGUCAAGAUCUACAACACACCAGCUGUCAGCUACCUCGAGGUCACCCCAGAUUCCCAGAAUGACUUUGGAAGCUACAACUGCACAGCUACCAACAUGAUCGGAGCAGAGUCCAAGGAGUUCCUGCUGAUCCCAGCAGAUGUGCCGUCGGCACCCGCCAUCGAGCGAGUGGAGCCCUUCUCCAGCACCGCCGUUGUGGAGUUUGAGGAGCCCGAUGCCAGCGGCGGCGUUGCCAUCCUCAAGUACCGGGCAGAGUGGCGCAUGCAGGGUGAAGACUGGACCGGCAGGGAGUACGAUGCAGAGGAGGGCCUGAGCAUGAUCACCAUCGUUGGCCUGAAGCCCGAGACCUUCUAUGAGGUCAAGAUGUCCGCCAUCAACGGCAAGGGUGAGGGCGAGAGCAGCCCUCCCCAGAACUUCAAGACUGAGCCAGUCCGGGAGCCCAGUCCCCCUAAACUGGAGGGCAAGCUGCAGACCACGGGCAACGCCCUCAAGGUCAACUGGAUCAAGCAGGACGAUGGAGGCUCGCCCAUCAAACACUACCUGAUAAGAUACAGGGCUAAGCACGUUCCGGACUGGAAGCCGGAGAUCCGCUUGCCCAACGGCAGUGAGUACGUGGUGCUGAACAGCCUAGACUGGAACACGGAGUAUGAGGUAUACGUGGUGGCCGAGAACCAGCAGGGCAAGUCGCAGCCCGGCACCCUCUUCUUCAGGACUGCAGCAGAGCCCACCGCCAUCCCAGACACUAUGCAUAGCGGCUCAGGUCUAGGCACAGGGGCCAUCGUGGGGAUCCUCAUUGUGGUCUUUGUGCUGCUGCUGGUGGGCGUCGACGUCACCUGCUACUUCCUCAACAAGUGCGGCCUCGUCAUGUGCAUUGCCGUCAACUUCUGCGGCAAGUCCGGACCCGGAGCCAAGAGCAAGGACCUCGAGGAGGGCAAGGCGGCGUUCACGAAGGAUGAGUCCAAGGGGCCCAUUGUGGAGGUGAGGACGGAGGAGGAGCGCACUCCUAACCAUGAAGGGGGGGGGCCUACAGAGCCUAACGAGACCACCCCUCUGACUGAGCCUGAGCCCGCUGCUGACACUACCGCCACGGUGGUGGACUUGCUCCCUUCUGUCGCCACUAACUCUGAACCUGUCACUGAGAGCUUUAGCACAACCCAGAACAGCCCAGCUAGCGAGAGCACCACUCUCACUUCCAGCGCAGCUGGCCCAACCCCUGUCCCGGCUGAGUCCAAAACUGCCCCCAAAACCUCCCCUAAAAGCAAACCUGCCCCCGUCCCCCAGUCCAGCACGGCCAAACCUAGCACCCCCGCCUCCCAGCGUGCCACCCAAUCCGACGUAGCUCCCCUCGUUGACCUAAGCGAGGCUCCUAAAGCCACACCCUCGUCUGACCCCAAGCCCCCGACCCCCACACCCCCAUCCUCAAAGCCAGUCAUGGUCCCCUCCACCCCCUCUGCCACAGCCGAUGCCGCACCACAGAGCCAGCCCGAGUCUAUCCAAAGCCCCUCCGCCACCAGCAGUCAGAAUAAGGACUUACAGAUAGACGGCCUGGCCAAGGAUGUGUUUGAUGCCCCAGGCAAAGGCUCCAAGGCCCCGGCAGACUCCACUGCUGCACCCGCCCAGGACGACGGUAAAAUCAUGACAGGUGAUCAAAGUAAAGCGCCGGAGACAGCGACAGAGGUGAAGAAAGCCCUGUCUGAGGUGAAGACAGUCCCCAACGACGCUGCAAAGACAAAUGGCAACGAGAGCAAAGCAUGAUCCCGACAGCGAGAAGGGAGGGGGUCGGGUGCACCACGGUCACACACCUCCAGGGGGAAAGAAAACGUCACACACCACUCCGUCAAACAACAAAAAAAGCCCAAUAAAAGGGUGUUUUUCUUCAGUGUCUUCUAUGAGUUUUCCGAGCAAAAGAUGAGUUUGUUUGACAUGUAGAGCGGGAAUAAGACCUAAUGCACCCGCUUUAGUGUUUCUUUAUCUGUUAUUCCUUUUGUAAUUUUCUCUGUGUUCACGUGAAGGAAAAUCCUUACCUCUAGUUCACUCUCCUUGACCUCCUUUUAUAUGUAACAUCAACGUUACCAGUCUUUUCAAUGGGACAGAAGCUAAGUAUCAUUGGCACAGAUAACCAUGGGAGUUGUAGCUUUACUUCAGUACAAUGCCUUUACGAUGUGCACACACCUGACCCACACACUAUCUCCAGUUAUGUUCUCUUUUGUUACGCAGUAAUGCCAUCGAUAUUUCCACUGCUAAUGGAUUUUUGGGUACUUUUGAAAUGUUUUGUUGCGUGUUUAAAUCAUGUGCAGAAGAAACUGCAUGUUAUUGUAUCUUUAUUUUUCAUGUAUAAUUUGAGAACUAGAGAGAGCAUAUUUUUUCCAUAAUGUGGUUGUCUUUUGUUUUAUUGUUGUUCUUGAAUGUUUACAUUGUGUUAACUCUGUCCCAAGAUUGUGUAGACACAACAAAAACAAAAGAAGACACAGCAGAAAGACAAUGUUUAUUCCACAGUCAUAGAGGUCGGAGUUGGCGGUUAGCGUUACGCAAUUUAUCGUCUCUAAGAUUAAUUUUUUUUUUUUUAUUUGUUUUGGCAAAUAUAUGAACACACUUUCUCUAACACACAAAUACACACACUUCUAUAUCUUCUUAAUGAAUGAUCCUAUUAGAUGAGCUGUUGACCUGUUCCACUUCACAGAUUUCAGGGCUCAGCUUUGACCCCGGAAAUGUUGCAGGUCCCAAGGGGUCACAGGAAGAGACGGGCAUACAGAGUAGCAUGGCUUAUGGGAGAAUGAUGUAAUCAAAGGCCGGAUAUGAGUGGUAGCAGCUGAAUGUAUGAACAGAAGUCCUUAAAAUAGCCUACAAAGUCUUAUUUAUUCCCCCAUUUGAUGGCUUUGUCCCAUAACUUCAGAAUACUGUGCCUGUUGCGAACAGCACUUCCAAUUUAGUGAUCGAUUGGGCUUCAUCUCAAAAUGCAAGGGAAUAAAAAUGUAUGUUUUGUGUUUUUCAGCAUAUUUUAUGCAUAUAAACAAAUGUAAUGGCCAGAUUUAUACAUUUCUUAUUUAAGCCAUAGUACUCCGGUGUGGAUUUGGUCAAAUCAACAAACAAAAAAAUAUUAAAUCGGACCUUUUUGUACAGCGUCUCUCAUACUUUAGACUGCAAGCUUGUGCACUGUGAAUGCGUGAAUAUCCUAGUGUGAAUACGUGUUCUUUGUCAUAGAAUUAAAAUAUGCAUAGUUUGGUUGUGAAAGGUAUAGCUAAUAGUACAGACAACAAAAAAGUUCCAUGAAAAACCAUGAAAGCAAUGAGCAGAUGGAAACAAAAUAAGAAGACUUCUGAAACGUCAAAAUGGCAGCACGCCUUCCAUCCUGCUCAGUGUCUGCCUGUUCUAGGAGGUGACAGCAUAAGGUUUUGUGUCCUACUUCUGUCUAUUGCCAUUCCUUCACUACACAGUCCAAGGAAAACACACAGGAAGAGUACUGACAAUGUAACUGGUUUGUAAACUGUGAAAUGACUAAACCGCUGCGUCAUUGUGUUAGUGCAUAAACCCAGAUCGGGGGUGGGGGGGGGGGUGAAAAUGGAGGUGGUCAGUUGUGUCCACAUCGUUUUCACAAGGCUCCUCAUUCACUGGUUCUCCAUGUGACUAAUGCAACAAAAAAAAUGUUAUCCCUAAACAAACGUGGAAAAACAACAUUCAUUCCAAUGAUUAACUCAUGAUCACUACACCAAAAGUUAUUUCACACAAACAAAACUUUUGGACAUGAUCAAAUAUUUCCAAUCCCAAUUGGCUCAAAUGACUUGCAGUCACGGUUGGUCUUCAAAACCGAACAUCAUUAAUGAAGGAAAAAAAAUGUUUUUUCUUGACCUGAAACGAGCAUGCAAUGUACUCUUAUCUUGGAUUUCAUUGGUGUGGCAGCACUGAAAAGUUCCUGAGAAAGGAAUUGACCAAGGCUUUAUCUGUUGUACAUUGAUCUUUUGAAGUGUUCUGUAAACUGUCUGCUCCGAACGUUUUGGUUUUCUUCAAAAUAGACAUCAAGUGCUUUUACUCCACAAGGCUCUGUAAUGUAAAGAGGUGUGUUCAAAUGACACCGUUUCUGAUUAAAUGUGUAUAAACCAUUCCUAACCAUGUAAUAAAAAAAAAAGAUAUGGGUUUCUCUUGACCCCAAAAAAGCUGGACUGCUGUGGCUUUUGACCUGUAUGUUCAAAUGCUAUGAUAAUGUGGGACCAAUUCCUAUGUACGUUUACAUUGACAUUUUCAUUAGUGUACUGUGCCAUGAAUCUUAUUUCAGGAAAGAAGUCAGGGGAACAAAAACAAAACAAAAA